AUGGGUGACAGUGAAGAUGAAACCGGAUAUCCAAAGAAGUUUUGCCUUCUGAAUCGACUAAACCAUCCUAUGUAUACCCGACCCAUUCCGAAACGUCACACGUAUUACCGCGAAGAGGAUGAUGAACAAGAAGACGACGAAAUCAAAGAAGACAAAGGAGAAGGAUAUAAUCAUCGUGGAAAAGAGAGGUUACAAAAGAUGCUUAAACCGAACAAAUCAAUUUUUAGGUACGAGUUUGUGGAUCCAAGACAUGCGAACUAGAAAGACCAUGGCGAGGAGUUUGUGUUGUUGUAAGUAUGGGGAGACAAGUUUCUGCAGUUGGGCUAUAUUUUGAGGAACGAAGAGUGGAACGAACUAGCUGAAGAAGUGAGCGAAGAGCUUUGGUCAGAGAGGCCAAAGACGCAUUGUCGGAGAAUGAUUGAUAGUUUAAAGAGGAAGUAUAGGAAAAAUAAGAUCAAAGUCGAUAUACAUGGGUCUGGUUCGAGCAAAUGGUUGUUUUUCAACAAGAUGGAUAUGUUGUUUACUUCGCCUAAGCUGGAGUUGGGGUUGGCUUGUUGUGUUGAUUCAAGAGAGUUUGUGUUUAUGAACACGGAGGUUUACUUGGAUAAGAGUGAUGGGUUUGAUGAGACGAUGGACAGUCUUGGUGAUUCAGAAGAGGAUGAUGAGAAGGAGGAGGAGCGUGAGGUUGAGUAUGAAAGGAGGAAGAAGUCUAAAUGUGGUUAUAAGCUGUUGACGGAUUUAGUUAAGAGGUUUGGGAAGAUAUAUGAGAAGAUGGAGAAGAGUAAGAAAGAGCAGAUGUAGGAAUUAGAGAAGAUGAAAGGUGAUUUUCAAAGAGAUUUGGAGCUACAUACUCAUAGUGAGAUCACUAGGCUACGUGAAGAGGAGGAAGAGCAUCAUCAUGGUGAUGGUGAUGGUGAAAGUGAAGAUGAGGAAAUGGAGAAUGAUUGUCAUGUGAAUCUUAGUGAUUGA